GCGUCAGCGUGCUUCAUGAGCAGAAUCUUCCUUCAGGAGGACAGAGGCCCUCACCACUACCUGGAACUGCUGCUGAGGUGACCAAAGGUGAUCAUGAAGACAGCUGGAGUUGUUCUGCUGUUGCUGUGGUUCGGACAGGUUGUGAUUGCAGCACACAAUCCAGAUGUCAAAACCACAAACACAGGCAAAGAUGCCGUCCAACAGUCUGACAUCCACACUGUGUUGAGAGAGAUGAGCAUCCUCAUCGCACAGCAGGGAGAGCAGCUGAAAUGCACCAAGACACAACUAGAGGCUGUGCAGAAAAAGGCAGAAGACAUGGAGAACCGACUGAGGGACAGUGAGAGUCUUGUCAACCAGCUAAAGACUGAAAAUAAGGUUCAAUCAGCGGAUCUGAAUGCCACUGUGACGGCUGUAUCAGAUCUGAAGAGGGAGAGAGCUCAGAGCAGGGUGUCCUUUUCUGCCAUACUGCUUGGAGAGGGUAGUAGAGAACAUUCAGGGGUCGAUACGUUGGUGUUUCAACUUCCCAUCACCAACAUUGGCAACGCCUACAAUCGCCAAGAUGGGAAAUUCCGCGCUCCAAUCAGAGGAGUCUACUGGUUUGCUGUGUAUAUAUACGGUCAUGGUCGUAAGACUCACUCUGUAGGAGUCUCACUGCGAAAAAAUGGAGAGCAUGUUGCCAUCGCGUAUGCUGUUCAGCCAAGCGGGGGUAUCAAUACCUCUAACGGAGCCUCUCUGCUGCUGGAGAAGGGAGAUCAGGUCUGGGUGCAGGUUUGGCCUGGUGCUCUUGUGUUUGAUAACUACAAUAAGCACACCACCUUCUCUGGACACCUGCUUUUCGCCAUGUGAGGAAACCAGACAGUAUGACCAGAGAUUCUUUAAGUAUAGAGAUAUGCCAAUGUAAUAGGUUGCUAUGGGCACCUAACAUGACCAGGUUCCGGUCUGCCUAAAGGGGCAUGUCAUAAUACUCCUAGCAUUGAAUAGAACAGUCCUUAGGUC